UUGCCCUAAUCGUUCAGCUUUGAUGCAAAGGAUGUCCCAAAAUCCAAAAAAUGGGCGUCAAGCUUAUCGGAGAUGAAUCGCCGGAUUAAAUGAAAAGGGAAUUUCAUUUCACUGUUUCCCAUCAUCGGCAUUGCAAGUCUCGUAUAUAAAGUGAACAGCUGUGCUUGUUUAGUAGGCAGUACUUCUCCCAACUCCGAGCGACUUAGAUCGAAAAGAAAAUGAAAUUUUAUCUUGUUCUUUUAGUUGCUGUCGUUCACGUUAACUUCGUAUUGUCUUAUCCGAAUGGCGAAAUCGUGCAAACGCGUGAGUCGCCUAAAGGCCUUUUGGCAACUGCACAAGCUGGUAGUAAGCCAGCAAACUUUGACUCUCCUGAAUUCGCACGCUUAGUGUUAAGCUGCGUUCCCGAGGAAAUUUGGUCAAUGAUGAAGUCUUGCGAGGAAGAAACAACAUCUAAGUUGAAUACAUCCAAGCCAGCUGCAGUGAAAAUCGGUCCUCUUAGAGAUCAUAGCGUUGAUGGGAUUAACAAAUCUGCUUUGGACAAAUUGCUUUACGAUAAAGACGAACUUGACAAGAUUUUGAGCGAUUGUCUUUUAAAGAAGACGGGAACGGUGGACGAAUUGACUGGUCAGUUAAACAUGGGUAGUUAUCUCAACUACUUCGAAAAUACUACGCUAUCUUCCGAACAGAAGUCUUCGGCUAUGUCAUCCUUUAAGUCCUGUAUGACGGCUAAUUUAAUAUCACCGAAUUUACCUAUUUUUAUUCAUUGGGUUGAAUCAGCUGAUAAAACGGAGGCUGAUGCAAAUAGCAAUUUUGUUUCUUCUAGUUACACUUUAGGGUGUGACAUAAAGUCCUUAAUUCAGAACGGCUGUUCCGAUGCUUCCGUCGGUGAAUCCACCAUAGCAUGGGUACUACAGCAAAUUCAUACCGGUAUUGCUAAAGACAAUCAUCAUUAAAAGUUCCAGUGUAGCCUAAUGAAGUUUUCUUAAAACACUCGUCGAUCUAGAUAGCAGAGACGAGUAGCUUGCAUCAGCAACUUGGUAAUUUUCAACAAAUCAAAAUUGUAUUGAUUUUUUUUUGUUUUAACCCCGGUUUUAACAUUUGUACCAAGUGUUGACAUUAUUAUUAAUCGCUUAAUCGCAUGCUGAAAGUACCAGCAGUAGAUCUAAUAAACAAGAUUGAACUGGGAAA